UCAGGAAGCGACGUUCUGCCCUGAGGUUUGGGGCGCGGUUUUGGAAAAUAGCUCGUCAGAGUGGCGCUAGACGCUAUCCUUUUCCUAUUUGCGUCUCGGCACGCUUGUUCGUCACUAAACCGAUUUGGCGCAGCCUCGGAGUUCGGAGUUUUCUCAGAAUCCCAGAGAACGACAAACCCCGGACCCUGGUCACUCCUUAACCCCGAAAGGCACUCAUGUGCCCGGCCGUUGGCUGACAACGCUGUAAUUCGGAAAGAAAAACUGCUUCCCAACACUUUGGACAACUUAAAACAAGAAAAAAAAGAGAGAGAUGCAUAUAUUUCCUAAGAUAUCUUUGAGACCUGAGGUUGAAAACUAUCUCAGGGAAAGCUUUGUGAACAAGGAGGUUGUGUCUGCUUCAAGCAAAGAAGCAGCAGAAAGGAAAUUUGAAGCUCUGCUGAUUCACCUGUCACACCCUCCGUCAUUCACAACUGUCAGGGUAAACACACAUUUAGCCUCGGUUCAGUAUGUCAGAGGUCUGCUGCUUGAAGAGCUCCAGAAGCAGUUCAGUGGAUUCAGCAUUCCUGUUCUUCAGCAUCCAGCACUCCCAGAUGUCUUACUCAUUCCCGUGACUGGACCGAGGAAGAACAUAGAGAAACGACAGUGUGAAGUGGUCGUUGGAGCGCAGUGUGGCAGUGCAGUUUUAAGAGGGGCCCAUGUCUAUGUUCCAGGGAUCAUGGCUGCUUCAAAACUUAUGAAAGCUGGAGAUAUUAUUUCUGUGUAUUCUGAUAUUAAAGGGAAAUGUAAAAAAGGAGCCAAAGAAUUUGAUGGAACUAAAGUAUUUCUUGGAAACGGAAUUUCUGAACUAAGCCGCAAAGAUAUCUUCAAUGGGUUACCUGAUCUGAAAGGUAUAGGCAUAAGAAUGACAGAACCCAUCUACCUCAGCCCGUCAUUUGACAAUGUUCUACCCAGUUACUUAUUUUUACAGAAUUUGCCAUCUGCUGUUGUAGCUCAUGUUCUGAACCCUCAACCUGGAGAGAAGAUUCUGGAUUUGUGUGCAGCACCGGGGGGCAAAGCUACACAUAUUGCAGCACUGAUGCAGGACCAGGGAGAAGUAAUAGCAUUGGACAAAAUAUUACCUAAAGUGGAGAAAUUAAAGCAGAAUGCUUCAUUAUUAGGGCUUCAUUCUAUCAGGGCAUUUUGCUUUGAUGCAACGAAGGCUCUUGAACGUGGUAUGAUUGAUGGCACAGAAGGGGCACCUCCAUUCUUACCAGAGUCUUUUGAUCGAAUUCUCCUUGAUGCACCCUGCAGUGGGAUGGGACAGAGGCCAAAUAUGGCUUGUACUUGGACUCUGAAGGAAGUGACAUCGUAUCAGCCACUGCAGCGAAAACUCUUUAAUGUGGCGGUUCAGCUGCUGAAGCCAGGGGGAGUGCUGGUUUACAGCACGUGCACAAUAACGCUGGCAGAAAAUGAGGAGCAAGUUGCCUGGGCCCUCAGAACAUUCCCCUGCCUUCAGCUUCAACCCCAGGAACCACAGAUUGGAGGAGAAGGAAUGAUGGGAGCUGGCCUGUCACUGGAGCAGUUGAAACAGUUGCAGCGAUUUGAUCCAUCUGUUGUGCCACUGCAGAACAUGGCCGCUGAUUCUCUCGGAGAUGCUGGAAGAGAAGACAUGAUCUGGCUGGCCAACAAAGAUUGUAUAGGCUUCUUUAUUGCAAAGUUUCUAAAAUGUAAAAUUACAGAAGAGAGGGUUUUUCAGAAAUGAAAAUUCUGAAUAUUU